UGUCGCAGCUUGAUGAUUCAUGUAGCUGUUAGCCUUCUCCCUCCCUUCCCCUCUAUUGUUUGAGGUUUUGGUAAAGGGCUUGACAGACACCGCAUGUACCGCUGGAACUGUCCAUGCUGUGGAAUAGUAUCGAUAUAGGGUAAAGGUGUGUGUGUGUGGGCACCACCUGUCAGUGCAGGAACAGGAUGUGAUGUCAUAGCGAUAGCAGCUUCCAUCUUUCUGUCCAGCUUUGUGUUUGCGAGUGGGGAGGGGGGGCCCUUCCCGCUCCAAGGACAGGACAUGUUUGAAGUCAAACCCCGGGCGGUGGAGAAGAAGGAGUCGAGCACAGAGACAGAUGAGGGGCUGGGCAGCAGCGGGAGGCAUCAUGGCUCGGUGGGCUCCGGGUCGGCCGGCUCCGGCUCCGUGUACCUGUCAGACAGUCAGGACUGGGUGGUUUCCCCAAGCUGCUCUCCAGACGAAGGCUCCAGCCAACACAACGCCAUCUCCCCCGUGCUGGCAGAGGAAACCUUCCGCUACAUGACAUAUCUUGCUUUGGAGCCCACCUCUUAUUCCCACCCCGGCUCCCAGAGCCUCUCCAAAGUCCUCAGUGCCGAUCGCGUGGAGCAGAUGACCAAGACGUACAAUGACAUCGAAGUGGUCACACACCUUUUGGCUGAGCGGGACAGGGACUUGGAGCUGGCAGCGCGGAUCGGUCAGUCACUCCUGCAGAGAAACCACCUGCUGCAGGAACGCAACGAGGCCUUAGAGGAGCAGCUAGCACAGGCCCUGGACCAGGUUCAUCAGCUGCAGCAUGAACUCACCAAGAAGGACGAGCUGCUGCGGAUGGUGGCCAGCGCCUCGGAGGAGAGCGAGACCGACUCCAGCGUGUCCACGCCCCUGCAGCAGGCUCUGCCGCUGGGGGGAACCACCGCCGCCGCCGCACUCAGCCAGCUGGAGUGUCUGCAGAGCAAGCUGCAGGAGCUGGAGGAGGAGAACCUGGCGCUGAGGUCUGAGGCUCAUCAACUGAAGAGAGACACUAUCACCUAUGAGGAGAAGGAGCAGCAGCUAGUGAGCGACUGUGUCAAGGAGCUCCGUGAGUCCAACACCCAGAUGGUCUCUCUGACGGAUGAACUGUCCCUGAAGAACGAGGAGCUGCUCAGACACCAGGAGGAAAUCGCUCAGCUGCUCUCCCAGAUCGUGGAGCUGCAACACAGAGUGAAGGAGCUGGCUCUGGAGAAAGAGGAGCUGAGGAUCCAUUUGCAGGCCUCCAAAGAUGCUCAGAGGCAGCUCACGGCCGAGCUGAACGAGUUGGCGGAGAGGAAUGCCGAGUGUGUGGAGAUGCUCCAUGAGUCUCAGGAGGAGAUCAAAGAGCUCCGCAGUAAAAACUCUCCCUCUGCCGGGAUGCGACGGCACCUGUCCUACGGCCUCUACCCCAUGGACUCUCUAGCAGCAGAGAUCGAGGGCACCAUGAGGAGAGAGCUGAGUGUGGAGGAGGAGACUGCCUUUCAGGACCAAAGAAUAUCCCAGAAGCGAGUUUUCCAAACAGUCCGCUCCGUCAACGCCUCGGCAUCGCGGCCAGCUUCAGCUACGCCUCCGAUCCCCGGCUCAGGACAGAGCUCUCUAGUGAUGACAGCGCAGCCCUUCCAGUCCAUUCAGGGGGAGGAGGUGCGAAUGGGCCAGCCCGGCUGUCCCGGUGGAAACGACCUCACAAGAGCCCUCCACCGCCUGUCGCUGCGACGACAGAACUUCCUGUCCGAGCGUCAGUUCUUCCAGGCGGAGCGCGAGAAGAAGCUGCAGGUGCUGGCGGGGGCGGAGGCAGACGGAGAGGGCAGCGGCUGCAGCUCACCGAUGGGCAGCGUGGUCUCGUCUUUCUCUAACCUGUCGGAGCUCUCCUUCAGCUCCAGUGUCUUUAAGACCUUCCUGCCUGAGAAGCUUCAGAUCGUCAAACCCAUGGAAGGCUCACUGACGCUCCAUCACUGGCAGCAGCUGGCUAAACCGCACCUGGCCACCAUCCUGGACCCACACCCGGGUGUAGUGACGAAGGGUUUCCGCCCGCUGGCUCAGGACGCUGUCUACCACCUCUCUGACAUGGAGGAGGAUGAGGAGGAUGAAGAGCUCAGAGGGGCUGGUGUCCUGGAGAAGGGGGCAGCAGAGCGGGGUAAGGAGGAGGAGGAAGAAGAGGAGGACGAGGAAGAGGAGGAGGGCGGGAUCACCUUCAAGGUGCGCUACACAUCUACACCAGAGGAGAGGAAGGAGAGGAAGCAGUCGGUGUCACCGCUCCCUGUCCCGCCUCUCUCCCCCACCAUGCCCACGUCAUCCUCCUCGGUCAGAUCGGACAUCUGUCUGACACCUGCAGCUCAACUAGUCACUGAGACGUCCAGCCUAUCACCUCAGCCCAUUCCACAAGUCUCUGCAGCAGCGGUCCAACCACAGAGUCAAAUUUGCACUUCAAUAUCAACAACGGCAUCUUCCUCUGUCCAAAAUCCAGGGAAGUGUCAGAGCUCCACCUUCUCCACCUACACCUUCACGACCUGCCGCAUCCUGCACCCCAGUGAUGUCACACAGGUCACCCCGAGCUCUCAGUCAUCUCUCAUGGCCAACACACCCAGCUCCAUGAGGACAGGUCCCAGCACCCCUGUGACCCCCUGCAGACUGAGCCUGGGUGACUCCUUCCCCCCUCGACGCCCCCCUGCACCCACAAGCAGCCUGGCCAAGCUGGUCCUGGAGAGGGGCAUUUCGGCACAGGUGUCCACUGACACUCCACCUUCAUCCCCGAAACCCACACCACGGCAGCCCCUCUACCGUUUCCUCCCAAGUACACCCCCUAACUCCCCCACCCACUCGCCCUGUCCCUCCCCUGUGCCCAUGGAGCCUCGCCAGCACCCAGCCGACAAUUUUCUAGCCUCGCGGCCGGCAGAGCUUUUUCUCCAGGACGUUUACGGGUUGAAUCUGGGCCGUGCCCCACAUCCCGACCUACCGAGCACCUCCCAGGAAACCCCAGCCCUCGCCUCUUCAGGCCGAGCCAGGUCCGAUCCGGUCAGCGUCGGCCUGGUGGAGAGGCUGCGGCGGCUGGGAUUCACUAAGGUUCUCCACGGCUCGGAGUCUGAGCCGCGUAAGGAUUCUGCCACUUUUGUUUCGGCAGGCGGGGGGAGCCUAUUGGACGGCCUGAGGCGCAACCAGAGCCUCCCGGCCAUGAUUGGUGCCAGGGCGGGAAAGCCAGUCGGUCACCCCACGCCUCCUCUUCAUCCCACCUCCCUAGCCCUCCCCCCACCACCAUGGGGAAACCUUAAAGAGCGGCGCCGGCAUCUUGCCUCAGUCUCCCGUGUCCCGUCAAGUUCACCCAAGCACUGAAGAGAGGGAUGGACUGGGAGGGCGCAUACUCGAGAACAUGAACCUCCUCCUUUACACCUUCAUCCCCUCCUUCUUCCUCUGAUCUCUCCUCCUUUCUGCCUUUGGAGAGACGAGUCAGGGCAUCGACGGGCAAAACAAUCCCUCCUUUAUAAGACUUAAUUUUAAAGCACAAUUAAACUAAACUGACUGUUUUUAGCGACAACGCAGUGUCUGUGUGUGUGUAGAUGUUUGCCAUGAUGCUAGUUGUCAAGACCUUAGCUCGCCUCUGAACAGGUUGUUCAGCUUUGUACCUCCCAGUCGUGUAAGAAUUAGGUUUUGUAGUUUUCCUGUGAGGCUCUGGAUGUUCAGGCACAUGUGGAGGAGAGAAGGAACAUGUAAGUGGAAGAAGGGUUUGUGGAAGUGGAUUAGAAAAGAGCAAGAGUUAAGGCACGGUAAAGCUGUAAAGAGAAGAGAGAGUAAGAAGAGAAAGUGAGUGUAAGGUGAAGAGAGAAGGACUGAGCAUCCAGAGUUUUCACAUUUCAAGGGCUUGUUUUGUUCUGGGCUGGAAAAGCUUUAAUCUGUAGUAAAACAGCAUCAUGUUGGCCGACCAUUCCCAUAACACAGUGACUGGUUUGACAACAUCUGUCUCGGCACAUUAAACCUUUAGUCACAAUGGAAGGGAUUCAGUUUGCUUUUAUUACUUGAGAACUGGACUUAAGUGCUAGCUGGCUCAACGGCAUACUGCCAGGCUCAUCUUGUAGUCAGACCAUGCCUCUAACAUGCCAGUAUUAAUAUUAUAAUAACUUUACAAUAGACCAUUGUUGCACAAAUGUCUGGUGACCGUCCACGUGCCCUUCCCCUUUUCCUGCCUCCUGCAAGCGUCUGCAUGACACGUCUAAAGCGACCUUGCCUACAGGUUCCCAGCAUGCACCCUGUUGGCAGACGGGUGGGGCCAGGCUGAAGGCGAGGCCAGAACCAAAUCAAAA